AUGGAUACUCGAAAGAUUUGGACAUUGUCAGGCGAAGGCAAUGUUAUUGUUAUUAUCCCUAUAUUUAAGAACUUUGGUGUUAUGGCUGGGAGCUUAAGCGGUUCAUGGCGACUGGAUCGAGACGUGUAUGGCUUACCCAUGGAUGAUUUCAGAGUGCCUGGAAUUAAUAGAAAGCUCCUUGAUGGUAUUUUAACAAACGAAGCAAAAACUUUAGCAAUAAUGUUGGAAUCUUCGAGAUCCGAGGACAUCGCUUCCCAUAACAUAGAUGACACUUACAAACAGCUAAAAAGUACAUAA